AUGGAGAUGAUCGCGUUCUACUCUGUGUUCCCAUACCUACCCCAGAUGAUUCAGUUCAACGACCGCCUGCCUGAAGCCGAAGUGGGCUUCUACACAGGCGUUGUAGAGUCAGCCACCUCCAUAGCCGAAGUCUCCGUGCUGGGAUUCUGGUGCUAUCUGGCCGAUCGCAUCGGGCGUAAGCCAGCGCUCGUCUACAGCAUCAUCGGCAUGGCCUUUGGGCCGGCUUUGUUCGGCCUGUCUAGGAACAUCACGCAGAUGGUAUUCAUCCGCUUCAUCUCCGGGCUGUUCUCCGGAGCCGGCCUCAUCAUCCGGACCAUGAUCGGCGAGCAUGCUACGUCGAAGACCGAGGCACAGGCCUACGCGUGGUUCUCCAUGUCCGACUUCAUCGGCACCUUCAUCGGGCCCAUCCUCGGAGGCUCCCUUGCCGAUCCAGGCAGGCAGUACUCGGACCUGUUCUCCGGCAUCGAGUUCUUCGAGAAAUACCCUUAUGCCCUGCCAGGCCUCGUCAUAGGAGGCAUCAAUAUCACAGGUGCCACCAUGUCAGCUCUAUUUCUUGAAGAAACACUAGACAGAAGCACCGCACGCAAAGUAACUCUCGAGCAAGACCACGUCCCAGAAUCCGCACCACAGCAGAUCACCUCGUGGCAGCUCAUCAAAUCACCCGGCAUGCCUGCCGCGCUGUCCAUCUACGGCCAGGUCAUACUCAUCGCCAGCUUCUACAUCUCCAUGCUCCCCGUCGCCCUCUUCACGCCAAUCGACCUCGGGGGCAUCGGCUACACAACGCCGCAGAUCUCCAUCUACAUGGGCGCGCAGGCCGCGAGCCAGGCGCUGUGGCUCCUCGUCGUCUUCCCGCGCCUGCAGCAGCGCAUAGGAACCAGGGGCGUCCUGCGCGUCUGCUCGCUCGGCCUGCCCCUGUUCUUCUCCUCGUUCAUCCUCAUGAACGUCCUGCUGCGGACCGGGGGCACGGCAUGCACCGUGGGCUUCUGGGCCCUGACGUUCCUGAGCACGUUCGUCGGCCCCGCCGUCUUCAUGUCGUUUGCCGGGAUGCAGCUGCUGGUGAACGAUGCGACGCCAGACCCGAGCCUGCUGGGCCGCGUCAAUGCGAUUGCGCUUAUGCUGUGCGGCGUCAUCAGGAUUGCGGCGCCGAGCAUCGCCACCGUCGUGUAUGCAGUUGGCGUGCGUGGUCAGAUUGCCGGGGGGUAUCUUGGCUGGGUCGUGAGCAUUAUUCUGUCCACUGGUCUGUAUUUCAAUAUGAAAUGGGUUCCAGAUUUCUGA